AAAUUAUUAUCCGCUCCACACGGCUCUAUAGCCGUCUACGGGGCGUGCGUCGCACAUCGAAGCAAGCCACUCGGGCCCUCUCGAGCGUGGGCUGGCGUGGGCGCAAUUUGAAGCGUCGCCGUGCUGUCCUUUGCCCCUGAGGCUGCAGGUCACAAAAAUAGACCAAUAACUACGCCGCAAGGAGCGAAUAGCCACAGCUCGUGAACGAUGAGCGACGACAACCCCUUCAGCGACCCCUCCCUGCAAGCGGCCGACCAGAGCCGGACGCAGGAGGAGCUGCCGUCCUGGGCGACGGCGCCCGCCGACGGCGCCCCACCCACGAGCUGGUCACCACCGGAGGACAAUAAAAACGAAGAGGCCUGGUCCGCGCCGCCGCCCAAUGCGCAACCCGACAAUAGUGGAGGCGGCGUCCGCGGCGCCGCGCAACGACUGGAACAGAAACUGCCCCAGACGCGGUCCGGCCUCAUCAUUUCUAUGAGAUUACUAAACAUGGGCGUGUCCAUCCUCAUGGCCGCCGCGGCCAUCAUCAAACUGCUGAGUUUACCAGCCUUCACCAAAGGUGUACUAUGUCUCUACAUCUGGUUCUUCGCGCUGCUCAUAUGCUGCUUCGAGACGCACCUAGCGCAAGUGUCGCGGAUUAUUGGCGAGAACUUCGGGUUUUUAUACAACGUCAAGGGGCGGGUCACGUUCUUCAUACUGGUCUCGUUUUUAUGUUUCAGUAUUGGAUUAAUUGGCCUCAUCUCCGGCGUCGGGUUACUAGUUGCGGCGGCCUACAACGCUUAUGUGAUUUACAAGCACCCCGACUACGAGCGGGAGAUGCUCGAGAACGAUGUGGAGCAGCGGGGCCCGUCGUCCGUGUACGGGGUUGCCGGUUCUGUAGUGGCGCCGCCCGGGGCGUCGUCGGGCGGCGAUUCGAGCUGGCUGGAGGGCGCCGGGGCCGCCGCGGCGCAGAACCCGGAAUUAGCCGCUUCGGUCGGGUCGGCGGCCGUGGGCUGGGCGCGGAAGAACCCGGAGGCGGCGGGGAAGAUCGCGCGCUCGGCCGUCGUUUAACA